AGUGACUUAGUGCUCUGACAUUUAAAACUGAGUCACAAUCACAGUUCUGCUAAAGCAUUGUUUCUCCUGAAGGACUUGGUCUACUUCUAUCCUGCAGGCAACAUGCACCUCCUGAUAUCCUUCUCUGUCUGCCUUCUCCUGGCUGUGACUGCCGUGGCUCAAAAACCUCAUCCUUGCAAAUCCCCCCCUUUAAUGGUUGGACGCUUGAGCAUGAUUUACCCCAAAGGGCAGCUGUAUGUGUAUGAAAGAUUUUCCUAUGAUGGUUUGGGGCAGAGGAUAAGGGUCUGGGCAGAAGGAACGAACCAUAACCAAUCAUUCUACGAAGAUAUCCUCAUGCUAUUCCGAGAGGGUGUGGUGUAUCACAUAUCCUACAGAAACCAAACCUGCAAGAAGAGGGCCCUGAAAGUGCGCUUUCAGCCAAUGGAAGUCCCCCAUAAUGCCACGCUCCAGGCCCAGAUCAUCAUUGGAAGCUCCUCUGGUCCUGGACAGGGGCUGCUGGUCAAUAAUUGGGUGGGAGAAAUUCCUGAAAAGCAAGCAAAUUUCUACAUGACGUUCACGGAGUUUGGGUGCCUUCCCGUCUCGACCCUGUACACCAGUGAGCAGUACGGCUGGAUUUUCACAAGUUUCUUCAACCUCGUGAUCGGGAUUGAGGACCCUCAGGACUUCAUUCCUCCCGAUUUCUGUGACACGACAAAGCCAGUGGAUGAGGGAGAAGAGGUGGUGACUGACUUCUUUGAAGCCCUUCUAAGAAAGGAUGAUCAAUAGGAGACAACUAUGGCCUAAGUUAAAGUGCCUCUGCAUGUCUUUUAACUAUGGAUUCAAAGUCAAUAUGUUGCACUGAAUAUGCCCUACCUUUGGCAGUUGAUUCAGAAUUUAAUUAUUUGUUUAUUUGGGAAACUACUGAUUAUAAGACAACUUUUUGAGGGAUGACUACUUUCUUGCCUUUGAGUAUGAACCUGUAUUUUAUAAUUACCCUGAAUCUUCUCAGUUGCUGUACAUAAGAAGAUAACCCACACGUUUUUUGUAUUUUUCUAAAAUGGUUUACAAUUAUGUACAAAUGUGAAAAAUGCAAAUAGGUACUACUGUAAGAACAAACAAUAAAUAACAACAUGCAUGCAA